AAUACAAGAAAUAGCUCAAUAGAGAGAGAGAGAGAGAGAGAGAGAGAUAGAGAGUAACAGGCCACCGGAUAAUUUGACUUGCAAGAAACAAGAAACCUCAGUUCGGCGGCGAAGAUGAUAGCGUACCUGGGGCCAUUCAUCCAUGAGAACGACACCGACUCUAAAAGAGACGACGACCUUCUAAACGUAUUCCAGUCUUUGGACCUCCAAGGCAGCAUAGACUACCUUGCCACGGGUUUCGCCGGUAAAGAUUUCGGUGGCUUGUAUUCUUUGAAACCCCUGGCUAUAAUCAGGCCUAGGGGUGCCGAUGACGUAGCGAGGGCAGUGAAAGCAGCGUACAGGUCACCUAAUCUGACUGUCGCUGCAAGAGGAAACGGGCACUCCAUAAACGGUCAGGCCAUGGCUGAUCGUGGUCUGGUCAUAGACAUGCGCUCCACCGAAGGAAACCACUUCAAUAUAUUGAGAAUCAAUGGCGAAAUCUUGCUUGAUGUUUCCGGAGGGGCAUUAUGGGAAGAUGUGCUAAAACGAUGCGUUUCAACGUUCAAUUUAGCUCCAAGGUCGUGGACUGAUUAUCUGGGGUUAACCGUUGGCGGGACGUUAUCAAACGCCGGCGUUAGUGGCCAAGCCUUCAUUUACGGACCACAGACGUCAAACGUGACGGAGUUAGAUGUCGUGACGGGAAAAGGCGAUAUAUUAACUUGCUCCGAAACAGAAAAUUCUGAACUGUUCUUUGGAGCCUUAGGCGGUCUCGGUCAGUUUGGCAUCAUCACCAGAGCUAGAGUCAAGUUACAGUCAGCACCGGACAUGGUGAGAUGGAUAAGGGUUGUGUAUUCCGAGUUCGAAGAGUUCACCCGGGACGCUGAGUGGCUCGUGACUCGGCCCGAAGGCGAGUCUUUUGAUUACGUAGAAGGUUUCGUGUUCGUUAACAGUGAUGACCCUGUAAAUGGGUGGCCUUCAGUGCCAUUGGACCCAGACCAUGGGUUCGACCGGACCGCUAUUCCUCGGACAGCUGGGCCUGUUCUUUACUGCCUUGAAGUGGCUCUACACUACCAAAAUAAUGAGCACACCUCUACGGUUGACACGGUUGUAAACAGCUUGCUUGGACGGCUACGAUUUGUCGAGGAUUUGCAGUUCCAAGUGGACGUCAACUACGUGGAUUUUUUAUUGCGUGUGAAGCGCGUAGAGGAACACGCGAGGGCCAAUGGGAUAUGGGACUCUCCUCACCCUUGGUUGAAUCUGUUCGUGUCAAAGCGAGACAUUGCUGAUUUUGAUCGUAUGAUUUUCAAGAACAUGUUGAAGGAAGGCGUCGGUGGGCCCAUGCUGGUCUACCCACUGCUGCGAAGCAAAUUGGAUAAUCGGACGUCUGUAAUGAUACCGUCUGAAGGGGAAAUUUUUUACUUAGUGGCAUUGCUCCGAUUCACUCCUCCAUACCCAAAAGUUCCGAGUGUUAAGAAAUUGGUAUGUCAAAAUCAAGAAAUUGUCCAAUUAUGCAUUAAGAAGGGAUUUGAUUUCAAAUUAUAUCUCCCUCAUUACCAAUCCCAAGAAGAUUGGGAACGACACUUUGGAAAUCAAUGGUCGACAUUUGUUGACAGGAAGAAAAGUUUUGAUCCAAUGGCUGUUCUUGCCCCAGGGCAGAAAAUUUUUAAGAGGGUCUGUCAAUUGUAAUAAUCCUAGUACCUUUACAAUUAGUUGAUGACAAACAAUAUAAAUUGAAGCAAUGUAAAGGAAUACUAUUAUUUUCAAGAAAAAAGAAAUUAAUUGGUCUUUUCUUUUCUUUUUA